UGCUGCUGCUGCUGCUGCUGCUGCUGCUGGGGGGAUCGCGGACCUCUUCCGCCUGCCUAGCUGAGGCCCCCGACGUGGAUGGGCAAGCUGCGACCUAGAAAAGGCAGCAGGGCCAGGGCUCAUCUGUUUCUCACCCUCCAGGCACCCCCCCCCCCCCAUUGGCUCGCAAACCACAAAUCCUCCUUGUGCAUGAGGCCCCGCCCCCUCAGGAAGGCUCUCUUUCCGCCGCGAAAGUCUAGCGCAAGCUCCGCCUGCUUUCUUGGGAAUCUUUGUUUUUGACAGCCCCGCUUUUUCGGGGAUUCUCGCGCCCUCCUUCUCACGUGCGCUGCUCUCGGAGUCCAGCCGGCUCCGUCCGCCUCGGCAGUUUGGGUAUUUAUUGACCUUUCCUCUGACCCGCUGACAGGCUCCAGGACCCCAGCACCCUAAUCCACUUUUUGGAUGCACUGAGACCCCGACAUUCCUCGAUAUUUAUUGUCUUUCCCCACCUAGGACCCCCACCCCCGAUCCUCGCGAAUAAAAGGUCCUCCCGUCUGCCCAAAAUUCUGAAAUUCCUUGGGGUCCGCAGCUUGCGUCGAGGGCAAGAGGCUGCUCAGCAGGCCAAUCGGAAGGCGAGCGGAGGCGGCCAAUGGCCUGGCAGGAAGCUAGCGGGAGGCGAAGCGGACGAAUCGGGUGGGGGUAGGGCUGGGGGCGUGGCCUAGGCACCCGGCCAAUAGGAGAAGACGAGCAGGCCCCUCGGAGGCACCGCCCACUGUCCAGCUGUGGCCCAGCUGUGCCAUUCGACCGCGUGGAAGAGGCGGGCUGGACUGGCAGCUAGUGCAGCCAUCCUCCUACCAUUGCGCCUGCGCGGGCCACGCGCAUCCGUUCCAGAAACUUAGGCUCGAGAAAAGUUGCUGCAAACUUUCCAGCCCGUUUCCCCCGCCCCUUCUGCCAACCAGACCCGCCCCCCUGCGGAGCCGGGAAUUCCGAGGGGCGGAGCGUGGGCCGAGAUGGGGAGUGAGGGGGGCUUUCGGAGGACCCUGGAGACGGAGGCGUGCAGAAGCUUAGUCUCGGGGCAGAGGUGGCUUCGCGCCCUUAACCCUCCCGGACGGCCCGUUACCUUCUCCGUUGUCCCGAUGGGGAAACUGAGGCCCUGAGCCAGAGGCACACGCGGGGGGACGCAAAAAGCGCGGCCUGAGGCGGAGGGAAAACAAAGGGAGAAUCACGGACAGACGGGGAGGGGACCGGCACACACACAGACACUGGGACAGAGACCCUAGUAGAGAGCUGGGCCUCGCAUCGGUGUUGAGGAGGGGAGACGCGGGUCGGCGGGAGAAGAUCGGGAAGCACGAAGUAGGGGGUGGGGUGGGGUGGGGAGGGGAGACGGGCGGGGGAGGGGGCUGGGGAAAGCCCGAGGGAGGAGGAGAAGGAGGGAGGAACUUCCCAAAGUUGCAAAACAUGGCUACCUUGCCUGCGGAGCCGAGCGCGGGGCCGGCGGCCGGGGGGGAGGCAGUGGUAGCGGCGGCGGCGGCGACCGAAGAGGAGGAGGAGGAAGCGCGCCAGCUCCUGCAGACUUUGCAGGCGGCCGAGGGUGAGGCGGCGGCGGCGGCCGGGGCCGGGGCGGGCGAAACGGCGGUGAAAGUGGAGGGCCCCGGAUCCCCAGGCGUUCCCGGGUCGCCCCCCGAGGCCGCUGCCGAGCCGCCCACGGGGCUCCGCUUCUCGCCGGAGCAGGUGGCGUGCGUGUGUGAGGCGCUGCUACAGGCGGGCCACGCCGGCCGCUUGAGCCGCUUCCUGGGCGCACUGCCCCCGGCCGAGCGCCUACGUGGCAGCGAUCCUGUGCUGCGCGCUCGGGCCCUGGUGGCUUUCCAGCGAGGCGAGUACGCCGAGCUCUACCGGCUGCUAGAGAGCCGCCCCUUCCCCGCCGCCCACCACGCCUUCCUUCAGGACCUCUACUUGCGCGCGCGCUACCACGAGGCCGAGCGGGCCCGCGGCCGUGCGCUGGGCGCGGUGGACAAGUACCGUCUGCGCAAGAAAUUCCCGCUGCCCAAGACCAUCUGGGACGGCGAGGAGACCGUCUAUUGCUUCAAGGAGCGCUCCCGCGCCGCGCUGAAGGCCUGCUAUCGCGGCAACCGCUACCCCACGCCGGACGAGAAGCGCCGCCUGGCCACGCUCACCGGCCUCUCGCUCACGCAAGUCAGCAACUGGUUCAAGAACCGACGACAGCGCGACCGGACCGGGGGCGGCGGCGGCGGCGCGCCCUGCAAGAGCGAGUCUGAUGGAAACCCCACUACGGAGGACGAGUCCAGCCGCAGUCCUGAGGACCUGGAGAGAGGGGCGGCUCCGGCGGCUGCUGAGGGCCCAGCGCCAGGCUCCAUAUUCCUGGCCGGGGCCGCCCCUCCCGCACCGUGCCCUGCCUCCUCCUCCAUCCUGGUGAACGGGAGCUUCCUGGCGGCCGGCAGCUCUCCAGCAGUGCUCCUCAAUGGGAGUCCCGUCAUCAUCAACAGCCUUGCACUGGGUGAGGCCUCCGGCCUGGGCCCCCUGCUGCUCACCGGGGGUGCCCCUGCUCCGCAGCCCAGCCCCCAAGGGGCCAACGAGGGCAAGACCUCCCUGGUCCUGGACCCUCAGACUGGGGAGGUUCGUCUGGAGGAGGCUCAGCCUGAAGCCCUGGAGACCAAGGGGGCUCAGGUGACUGCUUCAGGGCCGCCUGGAGAGGAGAUCCCCGCGCCUCUGCCCCAAGUGGUGCCUGGCCCCCCUCCGGCAGCCACCUUUCCGCUGCCCCCAGGACCAGUGACUUCCAUGGCUGCUCCCCAAGUGGUGCCACUUUCCCCGCCCCCUGGCUACCCUGCCGGCCUGGGCCCCACCUCCCCACUGCUGAACCUGCCCCAGGUGGUGCCCACCUCACAGGUGGUGACGCUGCCUCAGGCUGUGGGGCCGCUGCAGCUGUUGGCAGCUGGGCCAGGCAGCCCAGUGAAGGUGGCCGGUGCCUCAGGCCCUGCCAACGUGCACCUAAUAAACUCCGGCGUGGGCGUGACUGCGCUGCAGCUGCCUUCGGCCACUACCCCAGGAAACUUCCUGCUGGCCAACCCCGUGUCUGGCAGCCCCAUUGUGACAGGUGUGGCCGUCCAGCAGGGCAAGAUCAUCCUCACCGCCACUUUCCCCACCAGCAUGCUGGUCUCCCAGGUCCUGCCACCCGCCCCCAGCCUGGCCCUGCCCCUGAAGCCGGACACAGCCAUCUCAGUGCCUGAAGGAGCCCUCCCAGUGGCCACCAGCCCCGCUCUUCCGGAGGCCCACGCCUUAGGCGCACUUCCUGCGCAGCAGCCAUCCCAGCCGCCCCCCGCCGCCGCCACCGCCCCCAGCCUACCCUUCUCCCCGGACUCCUCUGGCCUCCUGCCGGGCUUCCCGGCGCCCCCACCCGAGGGGCUGCUGCUGUCGCCUGCGGCCGUGCCCAUCUGGCCGGCCGGGCUGGAACUGAGCGCUGGCACUGAGGGGCUGCUGGAGGAAGAGAAGGGGCUGGGGACACAGGCCCCCCAUACCGUGCUGAGGCUGCCAGACCCUGACCCCGAGGGGAUGCUCCUGGGGGCCACCGCAGGGGGCGAGGUGGACGAGGGGCUGGAAGCCGAGACCAAGGUCCUGACGCAGCUACAGUCAGUGCCUGUGGAAGAGCCCUUGGAACUGUGACCCGCCGGCCCCCAGGCCUCCCCUGACAAUGGUGCUCGAAAUCCAGGCCGGGAGGAGGGACCCUCUCAUAAACACAGAGGCUGCCGUCUACCCACACACACUACACCCUCCCCGGCUGCUCAACCUCUCCGUGCCCUGGAGGGUCCACUCCUCGGACAGGAUGCUGCCUCUGUUACAGCCCUCUCCUUGGUCUAUAUGGGGAGAAUUGGGGGUCCUGACUCGGGGGCUCUGCCCCCCCCCCGACCUGGUACUAGCUGUGAGCUGAAAGCCCUGCCGAGCGGCUGAAUUUCCCCCUUCCCCCCACCCCCAGCCCUCUCCCUAUCACUCCCUGAAACACUUUUUUUUCCUGAAACACUAUUAAUAGCUCCACUGACGGCCAGCAUUCUCAGAACUGCUUAGAAUCCAAGGGUGGAGGACGGGCAGUCCUGUGCCCAGAGACUCCUGGACCCUCCCAGCUGGGCCCUUCCUGCCCACAGGUGUGGGGGGUGUGGGCCAGGGUCCUUGGUUAGCACCUCCUGGACUAGAACCCCAGGUACCUUGUUCAGCCCCAGACCAAAGAUCCCCGACUGCCGGGGCAACCCUGACCCCUGUGUCUAGUUUGUAUCCUAAAUCUUUAUUUUUCUAGAUGUGUUAUGCCUUCAUUUCCAUUAAAAUAAACAGACAACUAGAACCUCC